AUGGAGUACUUAGAGAAUUACAUUCUCAAUAACGCGCCACUAAAACCAUCUCAGUGGUUCAGGUAUGUGGAUGAUACCUUUGUAGUUUGGAGCCAUGGAAGAGAAAAACUUGGCGAAUUCCUUGAUUACAUAAAUUCCUUGGAUCCCAACAUACAGUUCACUAUGGAAGUAGAAAACCCGGACCGUUCACUACCUUUCCUCGACACCCUAAUUACUAGAAAAGCAGACGGAACCCUUGGGCAUAAGGUUUACAGAAAACCUACGCAUACCAACAGAUACCUACAUGCUACAUCCCACCACCAUCCUUCCCAAAAGAAUUCCGUAAUCACAUCUCUCAUCCACAGAGCAACCUACAUUAGCGAAAAAAAAGAGAACCUGGCCAAUGGACUGGAACACAUCAGGUCUACGCUACAACAAAACGGUUACUCCAGACACAGAAUUAAUCGCACCAUAGACCGACUGACCAACCAAACAACAAAACCGACACACAAACAUAUGACGGACACACACGACAAAGAACACGCAAUUACCUUCUUACCAUACAUUCAAGGUACGACGGACCGCAUAGGCAUAAUCCUCAGGAAACACAACAUUAGGACUGUUUUCACAACUCAUACCAAAAUAGGACAACUCCUCACCUCCCCCAAGGACCCGCAGCCGCAGCUGUCUACACCAGGGGUAUACAAAAUCCCAUGCUCAUGCGGCCAAGUAUACAUCGGCGAAACUGGGAGGAGCGUGAACACCAGACUCAAGGUACAUGAGCGUUGCGCCAGGUUGGGCUACAUUCAAUCAGCCGUGGCGGAACACCAGAUUACCACUAGGCACGAAAUCUUGUUUGAAAAAACCGAAGUAUUGGCAAAAACAUCAGCCUAUCUUCCCCGAAAGCACAGGGAAGCAAUAGAAAUACGGAAACACCCGAACAAUAUCAACCGGGAAACAGGAUAUCACAUUAACCCAAUCUGGCACACGCUCUUCCCAGUUUUUUAA